UCAUGUUAUUGAUGACUAUAAGAAAAAAAAUCAAAAAAAAGGAAUAUAAAUAUAAGCAUUUUCCCGAUGAAUCGACCACCAGAGUCACUUUAUUAAUACAGAAUACAAAUGAUUCAGCUCGUAGCCCUAAACCUUAUGAGAUUCGAUCCAACCAAAAAAAUUCAUUCGCCUCAUCCGGAACUUUCGCACUUCAAACAGCGAUACAGAAAUUUAUUUACAGAAGUACUGCGCAUUUAGGCCUCUCUCUUUCAACUCCAAACCAGCUCGGAAUGGCCUAUUAUUUUCGUAAUAGCGUUUUACCAUCUCGCCUCGUUACCCAUCAAGUCAUGUUCUCCCAACAACAAAAAUUUGCGAUAAGAAAUUCAAAACCUGUUCUAUUUCAAUCGUCGCUUUCGAGAUCUUACACAAACUCUACCUUUCCUCCACCUUCUCCUCAAGACUCUACUUCUUCCCCCUACCUGAACAAAUUUGCAAAAGCCACUGCAAAACGGCUUCCUACUUUUAUUAUUGGGAAAUUAGUUGUGGCUGGCGUUAUUAGUUUGAUAUCGGUGGAUCUUCUUUAUGCUGGGUAUCGGAAUUGGCACAAUGAGCAUCUUCUUAACAAGACUGUGGAAAAAGGAACUCGACCUGAAAUUGAUGUUUCAGAUGAUGAGCUUGUUCCUCGACCUUUAGUUGUAGAUCGCCUUAAAAAAAUUUUUCAACCGAAUAGAAAUCAAUCAUACUAUUUUGUGGUUUGUGGAGAACACGGUACCGGGAAAACCACAUUAACCAGAACUGUAUCAAGGGAAGUAGGGCAGGGAGUCAUAUAUGUUGAUGUUCCUGCGAAUUUCAAUGAGUUAGGUGAGGCUUUUGGAAAGGCCAUUAAUUUUGCAUUCGAGGAACAAAUUUCUAUCACAGAACAAUUGGGACGAAAAAUCUUGGGUAUAACUAAAGACAAGCCUGAAAUUUCUGAAUGGGAAAGAGCUAUGAGAGCCUUCAAGCGUGCUUCUGCUGUGUAUAGGGCAAAAUACAAGAAACCUCCAGUCAUUGUUUAUGAUAACGUUAGUCGAUUGGUUCAUAAGAACCCGGAAAUCCUCGAUAUUCUCCAGGACGAUGCAAAGGAUAAUGCGGAUGACCGAAAGUACAUUGCUGUAUUUGUCAGCAGUGAAGGUUCGGUGCCUAGAAGAAUGGAAUCUCGAAGUUCCUGGUCACGUGCAGAUAAACCAGUGAUGGAAAUCGGCGAUCUUAGCAAGGAAGAAUCAAUGAAAUAUCUAGUUGAGAAGCGCGUGAUCAAUGAGAAAGAAGCGAAAAGAUUAUAUGAAUUGGUUGGUGGGCGCAUUGUGGAUCUAAAAUCUGUGGCGGACAAAUCUCUAAAUGGACAAACCUUCGAAGUCAUUAAACAGCAAAUAUUAGGUGAAGUUGAAAAGAAAUUCAACACUGCACGACUACUCCGAAAGCAAUUGUAUCAUGAAGUAGGAAAGAAAGCAAUUAGGGCCUUAUUAGAUUCAAAAGAACUGGGCUUUACAACAUUUAUGGAAUUUUUCGAUAAUUAUGAAGAUGCUAGCAAAGUAUUAGAGUCAAAUAUAUUUGCAUACCAUCCAGAAAAAAACACCGUGAGCUUCCAGUCUCAAUCG